AAUUGCAGACUAUGAUGGCUGGAAUACGUCUGGAUGCUAUCCCGAGAAUACCGGGAACGAAUACGCGAUCGCGUUAUCCGGAAAUAUCAAUGGGUUGUACAGCGGUAGAUGUAGUAAUAGGAGGUGGCUUGCCGCUUUCCUCACUAUGCAUCAUCGAUGAGAAUAAAAGUCGAGCCUAUGCAACUGUCCUUAGCAAAUAUUUCAGCGCUGAAGGUAUAUGUUGCGAGCAUUCAUUAUUUAUUGCAAGCACCAGCCGUAAUCCACUAGAAUUAUUGGAAGAUCUGCCGGACCGAAUAAAUAUUGCGAGUAAUGAUGUUUUGAAUGAUGGUGUAGAGAGACCCGAAGAUUCAACAAUGAAAAUUGCAUGGCGUUAUUCAACUGCUCCAAAAGUGGAUUCGUCAUUGUCUUGUUCUCGACGUGGGAUUCCACAGUAUGAUUUAAUGAAGAAGAUGGAUUGCAAGAAAAUGGAGGCAUGCAGCAUUUCUUUCUUUCCCGAUAGCGUCAAAUCACAGGAUGAAUUACCUAGUUAUAAUGAUCUUUAUAAGCGGAUACAGCAGAAACUUACAGACGACGAGUAUUCGAUUACUUUAUUGAAGCCGAAGAGACGUGUCUUGCGUGUAGUCAUAGAAGGUAUUGGUAGUCCCUUCUGGCAAGAUCCUGAAAAUGAUUUAAAGUUUGUUGCUCAUUUGCGUACUCUGUUAUGCUCCUACUGUGCUGUCGCGAUGUUAAUUACAAAUUCGAGCGGAAUGCUGAAUGAACGAAAGGAAAGACUUUAUGCAUAUGGUGACUUAGUGGUUCACUUGGAUGCCGUAGAAUGUGACAAUACCAUGGAGAAUUUUGGUGAUCGUUUCGAUGGUUAUUUUCGUUUGCUGAAACUUCCAAACAUGGCAUCGAUUGCAACAUACUGUCCAGCGAGCAGCGAUCUCGUUUUUCAACUCCAAAAACGAAAAUUUGAUAUUAGAAUUUUACAUUUGCCGCCAGCACUCGAUGAUGAUAAAAUGAAAAGUUUUGGCCCAAACUGUCAGGAAAUUAGAAAUUUUUUUGAUAUUCAGAUGACAAAAUGUUGGUGGCUUGCCGUCUGUAUAUGUGGUAACAAUAAUGUAGUGACCUGUGAUUUUCAUCCAUGUUAAUACUCAGUUCAUGUUGUUUUAAAUUGUUGUUGAGCUCCUUUCCCUAUAUAUAUAUAUAUAUAUAUAUA